CCGCUCAAACACUGCAGUCUUUCUUUUGCUUCUCUGAGGAAGCUGUCUUUCUCUUCUCGCUGCCUGUCUCUCCUUCUUGCUGCUUCUUCUCUCGCUGCUUGGCCAUGACCCUGGUGGACACCUUGAUCUCCUUGCCCACCUAGAGAAGAGGAGAGAAAACGCUGUAGCGGAGGAGGGAGACGAGAGGAGGGGACAACCGCACACUUUGCUUCUCUGAUGAGAGUCUGGAAAUUAAUUAACCACCAUCAGCACAGGGGGGGAGAGCAGAGAGGGGCUCAGGAAUAGAAUAAGAGGGAGUUGAAGAGAGUGAUUUGUUAGAUGAGAGUGGAGAGACGCAGAACAACCCCUAGACACUUUUCAGAGACAAAAGGUUCAAGUUAGGGCAGGAACUAAAGAAGCAAGGAGGAAAUUGGGCAAGGCAGGAAUUCCACAGGGAUACAAAUUGAAGAAGCCAAAGAAUGGUCUGCUCAUCAGCGUCAUUCAUCCUUUCAUGCCUUUUUCCAUUCUUCCUCUCACAUCCAUAACACCAUUCUUCCCGCUCGCCUCCUUUUUUUAUCUUAGUUCUUUUUUUUUUUCCUCCGUGCAUGUCAGCAAAAGCACAUCGCCAGUCACAGCCACAUGCCGAACACUCAGACGCAACUAAGACCAGAGAGUAGUGUUUCAUUCUCAGCGGACGUGCGCUCUGUCUCUGAGUAAAAGAAGUUGAUUAACCAAAGCAGGGGUGCUGUUAUUUGCCAGCCAGGAAGCACCUGCUCAGGAAUUUCUCAUGAGACCAGAACUGCGGCGCUGCAGGAUGGCUGAGGGUUGCAUGAUGGCCCUGCGAUAUGGAAUGGUCUUCUUCAAUCUCCUCUUCUGGUUGGGAGGAUGUGGCAUCCUGGGCGUCGGGGUCUGGCUCUCAGUGACCCAAGGGAACUUCGCCACCCUGUCAUCAUCCCUUCCCUCCCUGUCUGCAGCCAACCUGCUCAUCGCAGUGGGGACGAUCAUCAUGGUGAUUGGCUGCCUCGGCUGUGUGGGAGCUGUCAAAGAGAGCCGUCCUCUUCUGCUGACAUUCUUUAUCCUGCUCCUGCUCAUCUUCUUCCUGGAAAUUCUGUCUAUCAUGCUUUUCUUCAUCUACCAGGAUGAGAUUGAUCACUACGCCCAAAGAGAUCUGAAGAAGGGCCUGCAGCUCUUUGGCACAGAGGGCAACGUGGGUUUGACCAACGCCUGGAUGAUAGUACAAACUGAUUUUCGUUGCUGUGGAGUGACCAACCACACAGACUGGUUUGAGGUUUACAAUGCCAGCCGCGUGCCAGACUCCUGCUGCCUGGAGUACAGCGACAACUGUGGCCUGGACAACCCGGGAACAUGGUGGACAGCGCCGUGCUACGAGCGGGUAAAGGACUGGCUUAAUGAGAACCUGGUGGCACUUUGGAUCUUUGCACUAUGCACAGCACUUACUCAGAUCCUGGGUCUGGUCUUCUCCAUGACAAUGUUCUGUCAGGCAGUGAAAGUGGAGACCUUCUACGCCUAGCGAUCGACCCUUCCCUUCCACCCUUUGGCGCACUUGGAUUGUUACUCAUCAGAGAGGAACGGACAUAGACCCACCCUUUUCUCCUCGUUCCUCUCUCCCUGCCUCUCCACCUGCUCCCCCUUCCCCCUCUUCUUUCCAGCGGUUGUCCUCUCUGUGACAUUCGCUCUCGGAUGUCACCGGUCAGUUUUCUUGCUAACUAUCAACAAGCACAGUGUCAGUGUAAUACCUGAGUUCCUAUGGUUUGCUCUGUGUUGAAAGCUAAUUUCUGUGAUACAUUUUAUGAAACAGUAUUACGAACAUGUAUAAAAAAGAAAACAAAACAAAAUCCAGUGUAACCCUUUUUUUAAUCUGUGUUUCGGUUUUAAAUUAUUUUAUGGUUUGUAUGUGUUUUCAAAACGAGAGCUACAGUUGAGCAGUGUGCACUGUGUAAAGUGCUUUAAGUGCAUGUCUCCUGCAAUGAUGUGUAUUAAAUGUUUUGGCUCAA